GUGCUGUGUCCCUCGGACACAGCGGAUCACAGAAAGAGCCGAAGAUAUUGGCUCGGUCAUGUGAUCAGCUGUGUCCAAUCACAGCUGAUCACACGUGGAGGGGACAUACACACUGAUCAUCAGGGCACUGAUGAUCAGUGUGCCCUGAUGAUCAGUGUGGCCGCAGAAGUGCCACCUGUCAGUGCCCAUCAGUGCCACAUCAAUGCCACAUAUCAGUGCAUACUAGUGCGCAUCAAUGCGACAUAUCAGUGUCCAUCUGAGCUGCCUUUCAAUGUCACCCAUCAGUGCCAGUCAGUGCCACCUAUCAAUGCCAAUCAGUGCCACCUAUCAGUGCUGCCAAUCAGUACCACCUAUCAGUGUCAGUCAGUGUCGCCUAUCAGUGUGCAUAAG